GGGGCUUGUUCCCAGCUCUGACGUCACGGAGGUGUUCAAAACCGAACGCACGAGCCUCCGUAUGUCAGGCUUCACCGGCUGCCUUAACGAUGGAGGGGACUUGCGCCUGAGCACUCUGUUUUACACUCAGCAUCUAAUUCUGGAUUCAAUGUAUUUACCACUUGGAGUAAUUUUCAGUAAUGAGCUGGCUCCUGACCUGGGUCCUGCUUGUCGCCCGACUAUAUCAGGCCAUCUCCCUGAAUUCCUUCAUUGCGACAGUCAUACCUGAGUCUACUACCCCUGAGCCCUACAACCGGACUCAGUACUGUAAGUGGCCCUGCGCCUGCCCUGAGACUCCCCUGAGCUGCCCGCCUGGUGUCAGCCUCAUCAUGGAUGGCUGUGAUUGUUGUAGAGCUUGCGCCAAGCAGGUGGGCGAGGAGUGCAACGAGGCAGACAAUUGUGAUCACCACCGCGGCCUCUAUUGUGACUACAGCUCAGACAAGCCUAGGUACGAAAAAGGAGUGUGUGCAUAUUUACUCGGCACAGGCUGUGAGUACAAUGGUGUAAUCUAUCGCAAUGGGCAGAAUUUUCAGCCCAACUGUAAAUACCAGUGUCUGUGUGUGAAUGGGGCCAUUGGCUGUGUACCACUGUGUAAUGAGUCUCAGCCUCCAAGGGUGUGGUGCCCAACGCCACGGCGGGUCAAGAUCCCUGGCCGCUGCUGUGAGCAGUGGAUCUGUGAGGAGCCCAGGAGAGGGCACAAGGCAGCACCUCGGCAUGCCAUGGCAGCUCUGUCCAAUGGAAAAGACACUUGGCAGGAGAACUGCGUGACACAGACCACAUCAUGGAGCCCAUGCUCCAAGACCUGUGGCCGUGGAUUAUCUUUACGCAUCACUAACGCCAACAAGCAGUGUAAGAUGGUCAAGGAGAGGCGGCUUUGUAACAUCCGACCCUGUGAGGUGGACAUCACUAAGCAUAUUAAGCCUGGAAAAAAGUGCCUAAACAUCUACAGGGAAGAUCAAAUGACCAACUUCACCAUCUCAGGCUGCACUAGCAAGAAGCUUUUCCGGCCCAAGUACUGUGGUGUCUGCACAGAUGAGCGCUGCUGCAUCCCUUAUAAAUCCAAAACAGUGCAGGUGGAGUUCCAAUGCCCUAAUGGAGACACGCUCACCUGGCAGAUGAUGUGGAUUAAUGCCUGCUUCUGCAACCUCAGCUGCAAAAACCCCAAUGACUUCUUUGCAGAUUUAGAGCAGUACUAUGAGAAUCGAGAGAUUAUGAACUGAGGAAUAGGCGAGUACUGUGCUGCUGUCCAGUCGGUCAUGUUUUGGAGUCGACACAAUAAAAAGGACCAACCCAACAGAAAUGUUUUUUUUUUUAAUUCUAUAAUGUGAUAAAUUCUCAGCAAUAGACAUCACACUUAAUUACUGAAUUCAACUUUAUUACUGAAUGUAUAAAAUUUGGUGAUUCAUAUUACAGUAACGUUUUUGUAGUUAAAUCUUUAUUAUUUAAUGCUUUGUAAUAACUGUCAAAUAAGCCAUUUUAUAAUGACCGCAAAACUGCCACAGUGAGUGCAUUUACAUGCACAUAGAGAAAAUCGAAUUUCUGCCGUUGCUCGACUGAAAUCGAAGUUCUAAAUGCCAUGGAUACACCUUAGCUAGGAUGAAAUUGAACCGAACUUGAUUUCUCAUAAUCGAGCUACACGACCUAGAUUAUGCGAUUUUAGCCAAGCUACUUAGUGCAUGUAAACCCUAUCAAGCUACGUAGUCAAGCUACUUACUUCAGCACUGCCCCUUCCGGAAGUGACGAGUGACGAGACCACAAGCGGGAAACACUACAGCCUCGGUCGGCAUGACAACAGUAGUAGCGAGCAGCAGAAGAGGUCAGGAGGAACAAACGAAGAAGAGAAAAUGGCGAGCAGAAACGUGCACUUCUGGAGCAAUGAGGAGACAGAGUUCAUGCUCAUUCAGCUUAAGGAGUUGAAUAUAUUAAAAUUCAUGGACGGGAGAAAAACGCACAAUGGAGAACAUGGAACUGAUAACUUUGUUUACACUCUUGAAUAGCUCUUCUUCAUGACGACAACCGGAAGUGUAUCAACAUGAUGGGGCGUGUAGCGCCACCUGUGGCUCGGGUGCACAAUGUACCUCACACAAUAGUUCGAUUUCCUUGUGUGCAUGUAGGAUUGGAUUUCUCUGGCACCCCUGCUGGGACCCUUAGCUCGAUUACCGACAGCAGCUCAAUUUGGAUGUGCAUGUAAACGUACUGAGAGAAACACCUUGCAUAAGUAUUCACACCCUUGAACUUUUUAAUGUUUUGUAGUGUUACAGCCUGGAACUUUACAUUACUUCAUUAGGAUUUUUACCAAUUGAUUUACACAAAAUGCCUAACGUUUCAAAGUUCCAAAUAGUCCUAAUGUUACACAAAGGUUAAUUCAACAAAAAAGCAGACAAUACAUGUGUAGCCGAUGGCAGUGGACACAACUCAGGAACACAGUGGUCUCAGGUUGUGAUGGAUGGUGAGCAUUUAUUUUGGGCACAGAUCAUUUAUUUUUCAGAUCACAUGUCACACACACUUACUGUAUCAUCCUCACUCACUCCGUGUGUGUGUGUGUGUGUGUGAGCGAGAGUGCUUAUUAAUAACCAUUCUCAAAUAAACAGCAGGUGUGCCUUACUCAGUAUCUACAUCUUUUUUCCUCUAUUCACCACUCUACAACAAAUCUCCAUCCAUCCAUCCAUCCAUCCAUCCAUCCAUCCAUCCAUCCAUCCAUUAUCCAAAACUGCUUAUCUUGUACAGGGUUGCAGGCAAGCUGGAGCCUAUCCCAGCUGACUAUGGGUGAGAGUUGGGGUACACCCUGGACAAGUCGCCAGGUCAUCGCAGGGCUGACACAUAGAGACACACGACCAUUCACACUCACGGUUAAUUUAGAACCACCAUUUAGCCUAACCUGUAUGUCUUUGGACUGUGGAGGAAACCAGAGCACCCGGAAGACAUGGGGAGAACAUGCAAACUCCACACAGAAAGGCCCUUGUCAGCCACUGGGCUCGAACCCAGAACCUUCUUGCUGUGAGGUGACAAUGCUAAUCACUACACCACCAUGCCGCCCUCUACCACAAAUCUGAUUUUUUAAAAAUGAUUUUCCACAUCUCACACGUACAUUUAUGACAUACAAUCCAUUUAUAUCCACUUAUAUAAUCCAUUUAUAUCCACUUCAGUUCCAGGUUGUAACACUACAAAAUGUGGAAAAAUUCAAGGAGGGGGGAAUACUUAUGCAAGGAUUUCUUGUCCACAGUGUCAAUCUCUGAUCAAAAGUCCACAGUGUCAAACUCUGAUCAAAAUGUUGCCAUGGCCUUACAGAGAUGCAUGAUUUGACUUUUCUAGGAUACCAAGGAAGUACAACUAUGACUCCCUCUGAAGGUUAUGCCAUCUUCUGUGAGAACUUCUGUGAAUAGGCACUUAUGUAAAUAAAAUGAAAAUAACCCAUAUAACUAAAUAAUAAUGUUAUAAGCAGUAAAAUAUUCCCCACACCAAUACCUAUUUCAUUUGUUAGUUAUACUUCAUUUGUGUAACAAUUCACAAAUUCGCCUGAAUUUGUGAAUUUACAAAUGCAAUAAACUGAUGUAGUUAACCAAGCAACUACAUUAUUUGAUGCAGCAGUAAAAACAUGGAAAAAAAACAGUUUCAAUGAUGUAGCACAUUUUGGCUGUUUUAUUACUUUAAGGUACAACUUACUAAUUAACAAUUAUUCCAUGAAAUCAAGUCGUACAUGAGCUGAUAGCUAUAAGCCAUGUAGGACGAGAUUGAGUGGAAUAACUCAAUCUCAAUUCUAUCCACAUUCACUGGAUUUUGAGAAACAGAGCAUUUUUGGGGGGUAAAUUUGAUAAAUAAAAACUUUAUACGAAACGCCCAACAAAAUCAUUUCCGCUUACAAUGUAAACAAACCGGUGACAUGACAGUAGCAAUGUGUGAAAAAUGCUAUAAUAAUAAUAAUAAUAAUAAUAAUAAUUCUUGAAAAAUAAAAAAGAUAUGUACUUACCAUCAAUAACUUUUAUUCCAUAUUUUGUUGCUUUUUUGUAUUUGGGGGGGGGGGGUUGUUUUCGAGUAGAGUUUUUAUUUUGUCCUAAAACGCUCCGCCAUUUUGGUUUUUUCUACUCAUGGUAUAUGAGCUGAUAUCCUAGCCAAUCAGAGCGCACGAUUGCUCAUACCCAGUGAAUGUGGAUAGAACAAUACAAAAUAUAAAUGUUAAUAUACUGUAUUUUGUACUUGACCUUGACCGACGUUUAUCGGUAAAUAUUCUGGUUGUGGCAGCACGGUGGUGUAGUGGUUAGCGCUGUCGCCUCACAGCAAGAAGGUCCGGGUUCAAGCCCCGUGGCCGGCGAGGGCCUUUCUGUGCGGAGUUUGCAUGU